AGACAUGGAAAAGAUAGUUACAUUUUCACUGUUCAUAAUAUCUUACGCAGCAAUUCCAUGUCUUGGACAGAUUGGUGGAGGAGAUGAGGCAAAGACUCUUAUUACUAACCUUUUUGCAAGUUAUAGUACAAUGGUUCGACCAAACAAGGAUUAUUCGAAACCGAUGAACGUUGAUCUAGACAUGAUCCUUGUUGGUAUUAAUGGUUUAGAUGAAGUUGAGGGUAAAUUAACGACAACUGGUUACCUGUCCGUUAGAUGGACCGACGAAUAUUUGACCUGGAACGUUGGGAAUGUCAUGCAACUGAACGUUCCACAACAUAAAAUAUGGAAACCAGAUUUGACACUUAAAAAUGGCUUUACAAAACUGGAUACGCUUGGAACCGAUUUUAUCCUAGCUCAGAUUAUGAAUAACGGACUUGUAUGGUGGCAGCCGUUUGAGGUUUUCGAAUCCAAAUGCACGAUUGACAUUACUCACUUUCCUUUUGAUCAACAAACAUGCGACCUUGUUUUUGUUGUUUGGACAUAUUUCAUAGAUGACGUGAAUGUCACAAAAGGUGCGGAUGGAAUUUCUACAGAAGAUAUGGAAGAAAGUGCGGAAUGGAGCAUAGUUUCAACUUCUGCAAAGGAGGAUAAAGAAGGAACAGAGUCAAAGGUCACGUUUACACUUACAAUACAACGGAGCUCUGUGUAUUAUAUUUUCAACAUAAUUAUCCCGGUAAUAUUUCUAGGACUUCUAAAUGUGUUUACCUAUGUCCUCCCAGCGGACAGUGGGGAAAAGAUGGGUUACGCAAUGACGGUUUUCUUAUCAUUUGUCGUUUUUCUAACAAUAGUAAGUUCGGAAUUACCCAAGUCGUCCGGAUCCUAUUUCGGAUAUUAUUUGAUAGUCUUACUAAGUUUUGGUGUGAUAACAGUUUGUGUUACGGCACUCGAGCUCCGCCUCCAUCACAGUCAGCGCAAGGUGCCAGGUUGGAUUGAAAAUGUGAUGCGAUGUGCAUGUUGCUGUGGUUGUUGCGAAGACAAUCGUAUCAAUGAUUCGGAAAACACCAACUUGAAGAAGAAAAAGAACGUGACCUGGUCUGAUGUUACCGCUUUUAAAUAG